GAGUGAGGUUUAAUGACAAAUAAGGAAGUUUGGGAAACAGCAUGUUGCACACUGUCCGGUGUUUGAUGACAGCUCUUCUCUGAGGUCUCUGUAGUCUCACAAAGUCCAGAUCAGGUAUUCUCCUCCUGCUCAGACUGCUCCUCUGCCGGUUCUCAACAUGGCGUGCUGGGUCAUUCAGGUGAUGAUGAUGAUGCUGCUGUCUGUCUUCAUCAGCAGCUGUCAGGGGAAGAGGGACCAGGUGCUCUACUGCUCAGCAUGCAAAGCGAUAGUUGAUGAACUGAACUACUCCAUCAGUCAGGUGGACCCGAAGAAGAUCAUAAACGUGGGCGGCUUUAGGAUCAACCCUGAUGGGACCAUGAAGGACAAGAAGGUGCCUCUGGCUCGCUCACAGACUCACCUGGCUGAGCUCCUGGAAGGUGUGUGUGACGGCAUGAGUGACUACGCCCUGCACAUGGACCCGGACACACAGAUCAGAGACUACAGGAGGUUUGCUCCACGCAGUGGGGGAGGGGCCGACGCAGACUUCCCGGACUUUAAAAACUUUCAGUUUGACGGCCCCGAGGCAUCUGGAGCGCUGAAGUUUGCAUGUGAGAGCAUCGUGGAGGAUCUGGAAGAUGACAUCAUGUCUCUGUUCAGUGAGGAGAGUCAAGACGUGAAAGACGAGUUAUGUAACGGAGUGUCAGAUUACUGCAGAGGCAGCGCACACACUAACGAGGAGUUAUAGUUUAUGUGAUGAUCAAGAAGAAGCUGUGUUACACUGAGAGGCCUUAACUGAAUCUUAUCUGCUUAAUCACUGAUGUCUUUUUAAUAAAGAAAAUAUGAAAUGAUAA